UUUUAGAUCGUUCCUUCCAAAAUUCCAAAUUAAUUUGGCGGAAGUAACAUGGAAUUGUAUAUAUGGCCAUCCGAUUUUGGAUUACCUUCGAUAGACUCUCGUUGUCUUCAGUUUAUGGCAUGUGCCAAAUUUUGUGCAGCACCGGUAUCCGUGAUUCCUGGCUGGUCACCAUGGAAAAGUCAAAAUGGUGAGUACCCAAUGUUUAUUGAUCGGAGUAAUAUGAUCGAGAAAAUUUAUGACUUCGAUAAAUUUGCUGACAUGUUGAGAAAAAAUGGUCAGGAAGUUGUGCUGGAUAGCGAAUUAAGGACGAGUGAGAAAUGCGAAUUUGAAGCAUAUUCAAGUUUGAUGCAUCGGAAUUUCUAUCCUGCUGAGUUGCAAUUCCUUUGGCUUGAUCCUUAUAAUUACUCGGCGAUAACGCAGCAAUGGUAUUCAAAGCAACUACCAUUUGGUUAUAAUUUAUAUUACUUGGAGAAACGUCGCAGACGUGCUCAAGCCUACCUUUCGGCUUGCGGACGUAAUGAAACACAAAUUAUUCAUGACGCCGUAAAUACGAUCAAUUUUUUAGAAGACAGACUUGACAGUAAAAAAUACUUCUAUGGUGAUAAACCAAGUUCCAUUGAUGCUUUAAUUUUCGGAUAUUUGGCACCAAUCCUAAAACUACCACUUCCAUCGGAUCGAUUACAGCAACAUAUAAUGAGUUGUCCGAAUGUUGUACGAUUUAUCGAAUCUAUUAUAAGCAUAUAUCUACCACUCAGUGAAACCCAAAUAAGGCAGCAAGCUGCUCUAAAGGACAAAUGGAAUAGCCGACGGCGUCGUGCACAAAAGGAAGCAGGACAGAUGAAUUUGCGGCGGACUACAGCGAAGGAGCAGCAAUCAUCAGGUCCAGUAGCUGAAACGAUCUUCUUUGCUAUAGGCGCAUUGACUUUAUCGGUGUUAUUUGCUGUGCACUGCGGUUUAGUAACAUUUGGUGUGGUGGAAGAAGAACCGCAAUUCGAAAUGCUUUGAAAUCGUCAUUGUAUUCGUUAUUUUUGUCUUUAAAUCCGUUUUAUUGGCGUAAUCAUUGGCAUAAAGCAGUAACAUUUUACAUGAGCUAGCUUUUUCUCAGCUAAUACAUGAGCUUGCUUCACAUGAGUUAGCUUUUUGGGUUACUAUAGAGGAUCCC